UAUCAUCCACGCACCUGUCAAAAGAAAAUCAACGAACGGUGCAUCUUUGGACACGCGUUCUACUCUUCUUCUUGGGGUUCGGUUUCACGUUUCACACUGCGAAUCCUGGAUAAUCUUCCCUCCGACAAGCACAUAUACCGGUAAGCUAUAAUUUCGAUUGCCGGUUAAGCCGUAAACAAGAUUCCUUAUUGGGUAUUCGCUUUUAAGAUGGGGACUGAAGAUGAAGUUGUAGAAAUCGAGAGCUUAGAGAAGAGUUUGUUAUCUGAAUCUGUCACCGGACAAGAGGAGACUGAUGCAGACGAUGAGCCGGUCCUUUACGCGGCGUAGUUUGAAGAGAUGGAAGAUUAUUUCGUCAAAUACCAAACAGCUCAAUGGGUUUUAUACUCAUUGGUUUUAGUGUUAGCUUGGGGUAUUGGGUUGUUCAUGCUCUUAUACAUUCCCGUUCGAAGAUACAUUCUCCGUAAAGAUAUUCGAUCACGAAAGCUUUAUCUCACUCCUAAUUCAAUCGUUUACAAAGUUACAAGGCCAGUGCCAGUGCCAUUUCCAUGUUUUGGGGUUUUAAAGAAAGAGAAGCAUGUUCUGUUGUCUUCAGUUGCAGAUGUUGUAAUUGAACAAGGAUAUUUGCAGUCUUUAUUUGGUGUUUUCUCACUUAGAAUUGAGAAUAUUGGUGUGAGGAGGCCUCCUAGUGAUGAUUUACAAAUCCAAGGCAUGGUUAACCCGAAUGCUUUUAGGAAGGCUGUUUUGACACGCCUUUCAAACUCGAGGACCGAGGUUUUCUCCCGACAAGUUUCUGCAAUUGAAGAUGCUCCGAAUUUAAGGAUUCUUUCACCAUCUGCUUGGCGUUCUCCACUUAAGCAUGAUUGUAUUCCUACUUCAGGGGAUCUUGCAUUACUACAGAAACUAGAGGAGGUUGGCAGUUCUGUGAAGAGAGUUCAAAGUUUAAUUGAGGAACAACAUAGUCAAGCAUCAGAAACUGCUGAUUGAG